UAACAGCGGCAGGGGCCGGAGCAGUCAGAGCCGCGGAGCAGCAGCGCGGGUCUGCAGCCCAGUCGGUGCGCCGGAGCCGGAGGGGCCGAGCGGGGCGCACGCGGGCACCGGGGGGGCUGGUGCAGGGGACCCCAGAGGCGGGCGGAGGACGCAGCAUGGCCCCGCUCGGCGGCGGCAGCAGCAGCAGCAGCAGCAGCCCGGCCGCCGCCGCCUCCUCUCCUCGCAGCCUGGCUCCUGCCUCUGCGCUUCUCCGCGCGUAAGCGGCCCCGUCUCGCCAGGUGCCCGCAGGGAGGCGCAGGCAGGGAGCGCGCCAGCCGCCCCGCCCCGGGGCCCGGAGCUGCGGCCACUUGUUGAGCCACCCGGGGUCCCUCGGCCCUGCGCCUCCCGCUGCGGCGCUCCGGGCACCGCGGUUCCCCCGGGGAGCUCCGGCUGCGCGCGGCUGGAAGGGCCCCCGCCAUGGCCAAGGACCCGCUGAAGCCCCGGCUCUGCCACAUGAUCAAGGGGGAGAGCGGCUACGGCUUCCACCUGCACGGCGAGAAGGGCAAGAGCGGCCAGUUCAUCCGCAAAGUGGAGCCCGGCUCCCCGGCCGAGGCGGCGGCGCUGCGCGCUGGGGACCGGGUGGUGGAGGUGAACGGGGUGAACGUGGAGAAGGAGACGCACCACCAGGUGGUGCAGCGCAUCAAAGCAAUGGAGUCUGAGACCCGCCUGCUGGUGGUGGAUAAGGAGACGGACGAGUACCUGUGCAGCCUGCGGCUGACGUGCACUGAGGAGAUGGUGCACGCCGGGAUCCCCGUGAACUCCAACACGUCGCCAGCCAAAUCGCCUGGCAGCGACAACGGAGACGUUUGGAAACCGCAGCUGGAUCUGAGCGGCGGGAGCCUCCGGAGUCACUCGUCGCACAGCUUCACCUCAGAGAGCGGGAAGAAGGAUGUCAAUGGACCAACACAGGAGCUGCGUCCGCGUCUCUGUCACCUUAAGAAAGGCCCCAGUGGCUACGGGUUCAACCUCCACAGUGAAAAGUCCAGACCUGGGCAGUUCAUCCGUUCGGUAGAUCCCGAUUCACCGGCCUCUAAAGCGGGCCUCCGACCCCAGGACAAGCUUGUCGAGGUGAACGGGAUAAAUGUGGAAGGCAUGAAACACUCUGAGGUUGUGUCAAACAUCAAGGCCAAGGAGAACGAAGCCAAGCUCCUAGUGGUGGAUCCCGAAACGGAUGAAUACUUCAAGAAACUGGGGAUAAUCCCCACGGAGGAGCACAUCAAAGGUGGAGUGCCUCAGCCUAUUACUAACGGGUCUGCACAAACCCAGCUGAAUGGAGGAUCCAUGUCUUCAUCCCAUAGUGAUCUCCAAAGUCCUGAGAAGGAAUCAGAGGAGGGAGAGUCUGAGAAGAAGGACCCAUUUGAGGAAAGUGGCCUGAACCUGAGCCCGACUGCGGCAGAGGCCAAGGAGAAAGCGCGCGCCAAGCGGGUGAACAAGAGGGCUCCGCAGAUGGACUGGAACAAGAAACGGGAGAUUUUCAGCAACUUCUGAGCUGGGACGGCAGCUUCUUCCCCUUUUCCCCACCUUCCAAACUGAACAUCUCCAACGCGCACCAGCCCCAUUCCCGGCUGUCGGCCCAAGACGCUUUGUGCUCUGCUCUUUAUUGGUCGCUUUUUGCAAGGCAAAUUUUUAAAAAGGGUCGUUUAUGGACAAGUGAUUCCAGUAGAAAGAUGACCAAAGCUCCUCCCAGCACACACCCGGCUGCCUGCGGUUCCCACGUUGCUGCUGAAGAAAGACUGGGAAGAUUUCAGCUUUGCUUCUUACCUGCUUUAUUUUGGUUUUACUAUUUUGAGCUUCCCCGCACUGCAGAAUCCCCGGUGGGAUAUUAUGCAUUCCCAAACUGCAAACUCUCGUUCGUUUCAAUUCAAAAUAAUCUAGUUUGUUAAAAA